UCUGUUGUCUUUGCAGAUCCGGAGCUCCUGGGUGUUGGUUCCCUGUUGAAGAAGUACAUCUCCCUGCUGUGCACUCACAUCGGAGACAUCCUCCCAGUGGCGACGAGUAUCGCCUCCACCGGCCGCCGCCACUUUGCUGAAGUCUCUCGCGUUAUUGAAGGAGAUCUAACUGGAGUGCUGCUGCCUGAGUUGGUGGUGUCCAUCGUCCUCCUCCUCACCAUCGAUGCCGGUUUGAUGCAGGAGACCGGGUCCAUCCCUCUCCUGGCCGGACUCCUGGAGCACCUGGACCGGUUCAACCACCUGGCCCCGGGACAUGAGAGGGACGAUAAUGAGGAUCUGGCUUGGCCCGGCAUCAUGGGAUGCUUCUUCACAGGACAAAGUUCCAAGAACAACGAGGAGGUUUCCCUUAUUCGCAAGGCCGACCUGGAGAACCACAACAAAGACGGCGGAUUCUGGACCGUCAUCGACGGAAAGGUGUACGACAUCAAGGACUUCCAGGCUCAGUCCCAGUCGCUGGCAGGAAACAGCAUCCUCGCCCAGUUUGCAGGAGAGGACCCGGUGGUCGCUCUGGAAGCCGCUCUGCAGUUUGAGGACACCAGGGAGUCGAUGCAGGCCUUCUGCGUGGGCCAGUACAUGGAGCCGAACCAGGAGACGGUCACCACUCCGGACCUGAGCAGCCUCUCGUCCCCGCUCAUCGACACGGAGAGGAACUUGGGGCUGCUGCUGGGCCUCCACGCCUCCUACCUCGCCAAGAGCACCCCGCUGUCCCCCAUGGAGAUCGAAUGUGCCAAAUGGCUCCAGUCGUCUAUUUUCUCUGGCGGCCUGCAGACCAGUCAGAUCCACUACAACUACAACGAAGAGAAGGACGAAGACCACUGCAGCUCUCUGGGUAGCACCACCCCGGAAAAGGCCAAACUCUACUCCCGGAGAAUAACCCUCAGCGACCACGCACAGCCUUUCCUGCAGGCUAUUGCUGACAACAACACUCAGGACCACACUGUGAAGGACUUCCUGUGCCAAAUCGAGCGCUGCUGUAAGCAGUACCAUCUCAUCACGCCCAUCACCUUCCCCCCCGAACACCCUGUGGAGGAAGUCGGCCGCCUGCUGCUCUGCUGCCUGCUCAAACAUCAGGACCUCGGCCACAUUGCCCUCUCACUUGUCAGUCAGUGUGCCUUAGGUGUGGACCAAGGGAAGCAGAGGUCCCUCCCUAAAUCUGUGAUUGACGUGUGCCGCAUGGUCUACCAGGCCAAGUGUUCUUUAAUCAAGACUCAUCAGGAACAAGGUCGCUCCUACAAGGAGGUGUGUGCCCCCGUCAUCGAGCGUCUGCGCUUCCUGUUCAACGAGCUGCGUCCGGCGGUGAGCAACGACCUCUCCAUCGUGUCCAAACUGAAGCUGCUGAGCUCUCAGCCCCGCUGGAGGAGGAUCACCCAGAAACUCAUCCGGGACCGCAGGAAAAAAAGAGUGCCUAAGAAGUCCGAGUCUGCUGACAUAGAAGAGCCAAAGCUGGAGAAUGAAGGGACCGAUGGGGAGGAGCUUAAUGUCCACAUCAGCCCCACGCCUGCUGACAGGAAGUCACCCACCAGCAAGACAUCCAAGGACAAAUGGCAUCCGCUUCUCAACACGGUGGCCAAAGUCCAGAAGUACCGCUGGCUGAAGCACAGCGUUCACGGGGUCUUCUCUCAGUCCAGCCUCAUGGUCACCAUCGUGGAGUUCGCUCUGAAGGAGGAGCCGCUGGACGUGGAGAAGAUGAGGAAGUGUCUCCUCAAACAGCUGGAGAGAGCCGAGGUGAGACUGGAGGGAAUCGACACCAUGCUGAAGUUGGCCUCUAAAAGCUUCCUGCUGCCGUCCGUGCAGUACGCGAUGCUCUGUGGCUGGCAGAGGGUCGUACCAGAAGGAACCAACAUCGGUUUCCAGAUCCUGGCGCUUCGUCUCCUUCAGGCCGUCCUGCCCUCGUGGGACAAGACGGAGUGCUCUCAGGACAUGAAGUUCCUGGUGGAGAAGUUGUUCAACUUCCUGGGAAUCCUCCUCAGCACCUGCUCCUCAGACCUGCCGCUACUCAGAGAGGGUUCCCUGCGAAGGAGGAAGUCCCGCCCCCAGGCGUCUCUCACAGCCACUCACAGCAGCACGCUGGCGGAGGAGAUCGUUUCUGUGCUGCGUACUCUGCACGCUCUCAACCAAUGGAACAGCAUGAUCAACAAUUACAUCAACACUCAGCUCAGCUCCAUCGGAGACGUGAUGGCAGGCUGCCAGUCUGAAGCAUGCUUCCUGGAGGAGUAUUUCCCUGACUCUGACGCUCCUCGAGUGGGCAGUCUGAUGGCGGUGAUGGCGGUCAUUGGAGGAAUCGAUGGGCGCCUCAGACUCGGAGGCCAAGUCGUCCACGAGGAAUACGGAGAGGGAACCGUCACUCGCAUCACCCCGAAAGGACGAAUCACCGUCCAGUUUCACGAGAUGAGGACCAGCAGGGUUUGCUUGCUCGGUCAUCUCAAACCGCUGCCCGCCGUGUCCUUCAGCGUGCAGAACCUUCCCUUCUCUGAGCCCAUGCUGGUGGUCUGGGCUCAGCUGGUCAGUCUGGCUGGAAGCAAACUGGAGAAACAACGCAUGAAGAAGUCCGUCAGUCGAGGGCUCACAGCCGACCAGGUGGACGUCCACCUGCUGCGCUGCCAGCAGCUGAGGCUGUACAUUCUGAAGGCAGGACGGGCUCUGCUCUCUCACCAGGACAAACUCAGACAGAUCCUCUCACAAGCAGCCGUUCUGGACAUCGGACCCAACCCCAGCGAGGACCCGGUGGUGUCCUCUCCUGAUGUGGGAGACCUGUCCCCUGAGGGUCCUCUGCCUCCACUGAUCCUGCUGCAGCAGCUGCUGUCUGCUGCCACCCAGCCCUCACCCAUCAAAGCCAUCUUUGACAAGCAGGAGAUGGAGGCUGCAGCUCUGGCAGUGUGUCAGUACCUCGCUGUGGAAUCCGCCCACCCGUCCUCGCCACUGUUUGAGGAGAGCAGCUCCAGCGAGGCCACCACGCCCGUCACCGUGCAACACGUCCGACCCCCCAAACAGAAGAAGCAGAAGACCUCCCCCGUGCCUCCCUUACCCAUCGUCCUCCAGCUCAUGGACAUGGGGUUCCCGCGGAAAAACGUCGAGUUUGCCUUGAAGUCGCUGUCUGGAACGACGGGCAGCGCCUCUGGUGUCCCAGGUGUGGAGGCUCUGGUGGGCUGGCUGCUGGACCAUCCAGACAUUCAGGUCACCGAGGUGUCGGACGCCGACACCGUGUCCGAUGAAUACUCUGAUGAGGAGGUGCUGGAGGAGCUGGAGGAGGCCGAGCCCACGUUCCCCGUGCCUCCAGGUGCGGUGGUGACUGAGAGCCAGACAUUCAAGAAGAGAUCGGAUUUCCAAAGCAACGACGACUACGCUGUGUACGUGAGAGAGAACAUCCAGGUGGGCAUGAUGGUGAAGUGCUGCAGAACGUACGAGGAAGUGUUCGACGGAGACGUCGGGAAAGUGAUCAAGCUGGACCGGGACGGGCUUCACGACUUAAACGUGCAGUGUGACUGGCAGCAGAAAGGAGGAACCUACUGGGUCCGGUACAUCCACAUCGAGCUGCUCGGAUUCCCACCUCAAAGUUCCCCCUCUCAUAUAAAGAUCGGUGACAAAGUGAGAGUGAAGCCCUCCGUCACCACACCCAAGUACAAAUGGGGCUCCGUCACUCACAGGAGUGUCGGGGUGGUGAAAGCUUUCAGUGCCAAUGGGAAGGAUGUGAUCGUGGACUUCCCUCAGCAGUCCCACUGGACCGGCCUGCUGUCUGAGAUGGAGCUGGUGCCCAGUGUUCACCCUGGAGUGAGGUGUGACGGCUGUCAGAUGUUCCCCAUAAACGGCCCCAGAUUCAAAUGCAGGAACUGCGACGACUUCGACUUCUGUGACAACUGCUUCAAGACCCGCAAACACAACACCAGACACUCCUUCGGCAGAAUCAACGAGCCGGGCCAGUCUCCAGCGUUCUCCGGCCGCUCAGGAAAGCAGCUGAAGAAGCACCAGAGCAGCCAGCGCGGGAUGCUGAUCGACGAUUGGUCGCGAGCCGUCAAGAGCCUCAGCGUGUCGUCCUCCGUGAACCAGGCGGCGCGCCUCAUCGACUGCAGCGAUCAGUGCUGGCAGUCCUCCGGCUCGCAGGGAAAGCACUGGGUCCGUCUGGAGCUCUUCCCAGACGUCCUGGUGCACAGGCUGAAGAUGGUGGUGGAUCCGGCAGACAGCAGCUACAUGCCCUCACUGGUGGUGGUGUCAGGUGGAAGCUCUUUGAACAACUUGAUCGAGCUGAAGACGAUUAACAUCAAUCCCACCGACACCACCAUCCUUCUCCUCAGUGACUGCACCGAGUAUCACAGAUACCUCGAGGUCUCCAUCAAGCAGUGCCGCAGCUCCGGUAUCGACUGUAAGAUUCACGGGCUCGGCAUCGUUGGACGCAUCCGAGCGGAGGACGAAGACCUGGCCACCGUCCCCUUCCUGGCAUCUGACAAUGAGGAAGAGGAGGAUGACAAAACCACCACUGGGAGUCUCGCUCGGAAGAAGUCUUCAGGUUUGGAGUCUUCUGCGACCAUCAGGACCAAAGUGUUUGUGUGGGGCCUGAACGACAAGGACCAGCUGGGAGGACUCAAGGGCUCUAAGAUCAAGGUUCCGUCCUUCUCUGAAACGCUCUCUGCUCUCAAUGUGGUGCAAGUAGCCGGCGGUUCAAAAAGCCUCUUUGCAGUGACGGUGGAGGGGAAGAUCUACGCGUGUGGAGAGGCCACUAACGGCCGGUUGGGUCUGGGUCUGUCCAGCGGGACCAUCCCCAUCCCCCGACAGAUCACCGCGCUCAGUAACUACGUGGUGAAGAAGGUCGCCGUGCACUCCGGGGGCCGCCACGCCAUGGCGCUGACCGUGGACGGGAAGGUGUUCUCCUGGGGAGAGGGAGAUGACGGCAAGCUGGGACACUUCAGCAGAAUGAACUGUGACAAACCUCGGCUGAUCGAGGCGCUGAAGACGAAGCGCAUCAGAGACAUCGCCUGUGGGAGUUCUCACAGCGCCGCCAUCACCUCCAGCGGGGAGCUGUACAGCUGGGGUUUAGGGGAAUACGGCCGCCUCGGACACGGAGACAACACCACGCAGCUGAGGCCCAAACUGGUGAAAGUGCUUCUGGGACAUCGUGUGAUCCAGGUGGCUUGUGGGAGCCGAGACGCCCAAACUCUGGCCCUGACUGAUGAAGGGUUGGUGUUCUCCUGGGGCGAUGGUGAUUUUGGGAAGCUGGGUCGCGGAGGCAGCGAAGGCUGCAACAUCCCCCAGAACAUCGAGAGGCUGAACGGGCAGGCCGUCUGCCAGAUAGAGUGUGGAGCUCAGUUCUCUUUGGCCCUGACUAAAUCCGGAGUGGUGUGGACCUGGGGCAAAGGCGACUACUUCCGACUCGGUCACGGCACCGACGUCCACGUGCGGAAGCCCCAGAUGGUGGAGGGGCUGAGGGGGAAGAAGAUCGUCCAUGUUGCUGUUGGAGCGCUGCACUGUUUGGCUGUUACAGAAACAGGACAGGUGUUUGCGUGGGGGGACAAUGACCACGGGCAGCAGGGGAACGGCACCACCACUGUCAACAGGAAGCCCACGCUGGUUCAGGGUCUGGAGGGACAGAAGAUCACUCGGGUGGCCUGUGGCUCCUCCCACAGCGUGGCCUGGACCACCGUGGACGUGACCACGCCCUCGGUUCACGAGCCGGUGCUGUUCCAGACGGCCAGGGACUCCCUCGGAGCCUCGUACUUAGGUAAUCCUCUUUUUUCCUCACAGCCCAUUACCACUGAUCAGCUCUCCGGUCUCUGGUUUUGGUUGUGAUGGUUGUUUCUGUAGCAGCUCUGUUCAAACGUUCCUCACGAAGGAACAGCUGUUCUGUUGUUGUCGGACCAGGAACUCUAUUUCAG